CUGAAAUCUCUGGGAAAGUCAAAGUCACUCCAUGAAUUGGUUGUAUCCAACAACAGGCUAACAGAGUUGCAGUCUCUGGUAGAACAGUUUCCAGGUCUGGAACACCUCAAUGUCUGUGAUAACCAUAUAGAGCAAUGGGAACAAGUGGUCUCUCUGCAGAAACUUCAGAAUUUAAUGGAGGUGUUUUUGCAACGGAAUCCAUUCUGCUCCCCUCGUGGCCCCAAGCCCCACUACAGUGCAGAGUUACAGAGGCUCAUGCCUGCCCUGGAGAUUAUUGAUGGGGCACACGUGAAGCGUUCUACAUCCACGACUGCUCCUGUCAUGAGACCCAUGUCAGCAGCCAGUGGUAAUACAUUAAUCAGCACAAGACAAGUUGAUGCCCAAAUGUCCUCCUUGUUAAAUGAAAUGUCCACUUUCGAAAACAAUGUCAUGCAGUCGUUUAAAUCGCUGCGGGCCACAUUUGAUACCCUUCCUGUGGAGCCUCCAAAAACCAGCCGUCUUGCCACAGCGCGGAGUUUGCCGUCCACUGCAGGAAGUGACCGUCCAGCUAGCAGAUCAAGCAGGCGUUCCAGAAUUACAGAAGCUAGGAACUUUGCAGCCCAACAUUUCUAACUUCUUUACGAAAAGAUUGCUUUUUUUCUAGUUACUGUUGCAAUUGCCUUUUUUUUUUCAUAACAUUCAGAUAAUUUCUGGAAAACUUGCAAUAUGUUAAAACAGCAAAUAGUGUUGUAGACAUGUUGAAAAAAAAAUAUUGUUCUUUAAUUGGCCAGUGUGCAUUCUGCAGAAGUAUACUUUAAAGACAUCUUUUAAGAAAAGUGUUUAUUUAUCAUUUUUUUUGAAUGUGGAGAUUCCUCUCUUAAUAAUUCCGAGCUAGCAUCUUUUUUUUUCUGAAUUUGCGUACCAUUAGCUGUAAGGCAAUACAUUAAUGUAAAUGGUCUCAUUUCAAGGAAAGAACAUAAGUAUUUUUAUAGCUGACAGUUUAAAGUGAGUCCUUUUCUCGUGUAGUGUAUAUAUAUGCAGUUAUGUGUAAUAAUACAGUUUAUAUUUGAAAUAAAUGUUCACUUUCUAAACAGUUUUUAUGCAGAUCUUUUAAAUACAUCCAACACUGAAAAAAGGUGACAUUGAAGACCAGUGUUUCUCCAUUCCUUUCCAUUCAAAUGAUCUGACUACUCAAUGAAUAAAAACAAGCAAUUCAUUAAUUUUUUAUUACUGAAAUGCAUUUUCCUAUAAAAUGUAUAUUAAACAAGUAAAUUGCACCAGAGGAAGAAGAGAAAAGAGAAAUGCCCUACCCAAGAUACACUACAGCACAGAAUUGCCUUCCUUUAUGUACUGAACAAUACAUUUCAAUAUUAUUAAUACUAAGAAUGAUUAACACACAAAAAAUUAACUUUCCAUACUGUCCUGUCCUUUUAAUAACAAAAAGGGCACUUUUAAUACUAGUAUAUAUCAUAAACUGCUAUUUAAUAAUGGCAUAAGUACAUGUAUUACUAUCUCAUAUAACUUUUUCUUCAUAAAAAUUCUUUUCUUGGGAUAUUCUUACCAAUUUUUCUAUACAACAACAUCAACAUAAUUGAUAGUGUUGGUGGCCAUCUUUUGAUUUGUUUUUUUUUUUAAUUUUUACAAUGAGCAGGAGUUAUAUAAUUAUGCAAACAUGUUUGCCUGUGUGUAUGGACGAUUUACUUAUAUAAUUAACUUCAAUUUUAAAAAUAUAAAAAAAAACUAUUUUGGCACCUGAAGAAUGCACCCUAACAAUGUGCUUUUCAGUAAAAUGUUAUUCCAAAUCACUCGAACUUUCAGUUUUUGAACCCACUUUAAAUAUGAGUAUGAACUAAAUUACACUUUUUUCUUCCAAAUGUUCUUUAAAAGAAAACAUUUGCAUGGGAACUGCAACGAAAACAUCCAUUUAAAAUGUUUAUCUUAACAACAUCAUCUAUAUUAUAUAAUUCUUCAAUACUGCACCUGGCAUCAUUUCUUUGCCUAUGUAAUCAAUGAAGUAACAGCUUAUCAAAUAUUUUGCACGUAUCACAAACAAAGCACCCUUCCUGACUGCAAAUCAAAUUAUAAACCCCCCAGAAAAGUGCGAAAUUCAAUAAACACACAAAAUGCAAAAAAAAAAAA